CCGACCUCACCUCCCCGCAGGUAACUGGACAGCGACUGCGAGGGAAGAAGGCAGGGGCAGUCCGGGCCGCACGCACGGAGCCGUGGCUGCAGGAGAGCGGGGAGGCGAAUCCGAGACAUGUUCUGGGCUCGUGGGCUCAUAGAGGGACACGCCGGGGCGGUCUCUGCGUGGGGCUGCAGAGUGCGGGCCAAUCGAGUGCGUCCCGGGCCUCAGGGCCGCGUCUGUACCGUGGGCCGAUUGUGUCCUGGCAUCGCCGCGCGGACUGAGCCCGUGUGAAGGGACCGCCUCUAGUUAACGCUCAGCGUGUGGCGCCCGCGGUCGAGCGCGGAUGGGAGGCCGGAGGCCGGGAACCAGGGGGUGGGACCCGCUCCGUUUGCAGGUGCCGGGACAAUCCACUGCCGGCGCCGAAGCCCCCGUCGGCCGCUCGGGUAUGAGUGGCUCCUGAUGGAGCCUCCCGCGUCCCCCACCUCCAGGCGCGCUCCGCGCUGCUCACCCUUCUUUCGAGACCGGAGGAAACGGUUUCCUCCAGGCUGGAGGAGGCUCGGUCUCUUUUGGCCCCUCUGCGGCGCCGUAGCGGUACUUGGCGCGUCCCUAGCAACCGUUAGCGCGGGCUUCUGCCCGCUGGCUCUCUGGAUCCCGCCUUCAGGUGCCGCUGAUUGGCUUUUAAGGCUUGUCAAUCGGUGCGAGUCGCUCUGCGAUUGGCUGAUGGACUAGCGGCGAUAGGCUCCCUCCCGGCGGGGUGAAGUGAACUUGGUGGAGUGACCCUCGCUUUCCCCAGAUGUUGAGUGGGCGCACUGUGUUCUGACAGCCGUUCCCUGGAGGACAGAGGCUCAGCGGCCUUUGACACGGACCAGCGGCGCCUGUGCAGGAGCCUGUCCCUGCCGGCUCCGAUGGAGAGCCCCGCCGCCCUGACCACCCCUGAGCCCAGCAAGCCCUCGUCCUUGGCCAACAGACACCUGAGCAGAAGGAAUGGGCUUUCAAAACUCUGCCAGAGCAGGAUGGCUCUCUCUGAAGACAGAUGGAGCUCCUACUGCCUGUCAUCAUUGGCGGCCCAGAAUAUCUGCACAAGCAGACCGCACUGCGUGGCUGCUCCUGAGCCAGUGGCCCUGGCGGGGUCGCUGGGCAGCGCAUCCUGCUGCUCCCCGCCGGGAGGCUUGUCCUCGGGGUGGUCUACGCCCCUGCUCCCGUCCCCCAUGUAUAACCCGAACAAGGCUGUGUUCAUUGUGGACGCCAAGACCACAGAGAUCCUGGUUGCCAGUGACAAAGCUUGCCAGCUGCUGGGGUACAGCAGCCAUGACCUGAUUGGCCAGAAGCUCACACAGUUCUUCCUGAAGCCAGAUUCUGACAUGGUAGAGGCCCUCAGCGAGGAGCACCUGGAGGCUGACGGCCGCGCCGCCCUCGUGUUCGGCACAGUGGUGGAUGUCCUGAGCCGCAGUGGGGAGAAGGUCCCAGUCUCCGUGUGGAUGAAGAGGGUGAGGCAGGAACAUAGCUCGUGCUGUGUGGUCGUGCUGGAGCCUGUGGAGAGGCUCUCGGCCUGGGUGGCUUUCCAGAGCAAUGGAACCAUAACAUCAUGCGACACUCUUUUUGCUCAUCUGCACGGGUAUGCAUCCGGGGAGGAAGUGACCGGGCAGCCCAUCACAGACCUGAUCUCUUCUGUGCAGCUCCCGCCUCCUGGCGAGCACAUCCCGAAGAAUCUCAAGAUUCAGAGGUCUGUUGGAAGGGCCAGGGAUGGCACCACCUUCCCCCUGAGCUUGAAACUGAAAUCCGAACCAAGUGGCGGGGAGGCAGAAGGCAGGCCGGCAUACCGGGCCUCUGUGUGGGUCUUCUCCACUGUCAGUGGCCUCAUCACCCUGCUGCCCGAUGGCACCAUCUACGGCAUCAACCACAGCUUCGCACUGGCGCUGUUUGGUUAUGGGAAGACGGAGCUCCUGGGCAAGAAUAUCACCUUCCUGAUUCCUGGUUUCUGCCAAUACAUGGACCUUGUAUAUGACAGCUCCUUACCACUGCCAGACCUGGCCGACUGCCUGGACACUGCCACCCAGAGUGGGCCUGGGGAGGUGACCGUGGGCCCCCAGCAGGACCAGAGCCCAGCUGGUGAGUCAGCGGCUAACACCACACUUGCUGGUGGCCGUGUCCUGCUGAGAGGUGAGGUGCUCAAGCCUGUGGGAAGCCAAGAAGCCUUCACUGGGACCCAGGCCCCGGCCACUGGAGGCCAUCGCCCUUCCUCCUGCCCAGCUCCGCCCACUCUGGGGGUGGGCAGCAUCCCAGAAGGAUGCCCCCCAGCCCAGGAACAGUCAUUAUCUGAGGACCAGCAGAACAUCCUGGAAGGAAGCCCGCCAGCCCACAGCCAACAGUCAUGGCCCCAGGACCAGCGGAACCCUGGCUUGGGGAAAGAGGAGCCCCUGGCAGUAGGGAGCUCCCGAGAGACCCUUCGGGGGGAAAGUGGGUCUGACCCAGUGGACACAAAACUAGGUGCUUCCCAUGAACAUCCUGCAGCUCCAGGGCCAGCUGAGAACAGGGGCAGGAGUGUUGACACACACGGCCUAAACCAGGAAGCCCAGCUAGGACAGAUGGGUCUGGGCAGUGCCAGCAGUUCAAGCCACAGAUCUGAUGCUGCCUGUCAGCUGGCUGCCCAUCACCACCCACCUGCACCUGCACAGCGGGGAAGCCCGGGCCCCACCCGGACUGUGCAACUCUUGUGCCCCAUGCCUGCUUUGGAUGAGCAGGGAGCCUUGGGCAGCCAUGAAGAGCUGCACACGUGCUUCGUCAGGGAGCAGCUGUCCAAGCCGAGCUCGGUGGGACCUCAGGGCGUCUCCUACACAGAGCUGCCCCUGGCAGAGCAGCCCCUGCUCCCUGCCCCCGUGUCGCUGUACAACCUGGGUGGCAGAGACCUGCACAGAGGCCGCUCUGGCAGCUCCUCGGCCUGCUAUGCCCUAGCCACGGACCUCCCUGGCAGCCUGAUCGAAGUGGAGGCCUCAGAGGCCAAGGAGAAUUCCUUUACCUGGAACCUCAAGGAGCUCUUCCUCAGCGUGGGGACAGACUGCACCUCCUCACACUGCCCCUGUACCACGUCUGAGCUCCUGGACAGCCCCUCUCCUUCGCGGGGAGGCUCCGGUGUAGACCUGAGCAGUUUGCACGGGCAGAGGCCAGAUGUCCUGGACGACAGAGAGCUGUUGCUGCUGACAGGCACGCGCUUCCAGCCCCGUGUGCGCUGUUUGGGACACAGUCGGGCAGAGCUGUCUGAACCUUGUUCAGCGUCCUCUGUACACUAUGGAGGGAGUGGCAGAGAGAGCCCAGGCCACGUGCCCCCCAUGCUGGGGGCCAGCCCAGGGGAUGUGUGCCCACCGUACGAGCCCGGGCAGGGCAUCCAGGUCACCUCCACUCCUGUGAGAGGGGCCAGCUCAGUGACUCCUGGGGCAGCAGGCCUGCGACAUGACAUUCAGGAGGGCACCUACUGUGGGAGCUGCUACCACCGCGACGGCUUGCAGCUGAGCGUGCAGUUUGAGGUGAAGCGGGUGGAGCUCCACGGCUCCGCGGCAUUGUUCUGCUGCUGGUUGGUGAAAGACCUGCUCCACAGCCACCGGGACUCAGCCACGCGGACCCGCCUGCUGCCCGCCACCCUGCUGAGCCCCGCGCACUCUGUGCCCGAGCUGCCUGCACCCAGCCCAGGCGAGAUGCUCAGAACCAAACCCUGGUUUGAGGAGCCUCCCAAGGCCAUCGAGCUGGAGGGGCUGGUGGCCUGUGAGGGUGCAUACACCCACAAGUACAGCACGCUGAGCCCCCUGGGCUGUGGGGCUUUCGGCUUUGUGUGGACUGCGCUGGACAAGGAGGAGGAUAAGGAGCUCCUCAGGUGGGCGCUGGUGCUCGUGCGGGCGGUCCUCCUCCUCCGCGCACCCUCUGCAGUCUGCCUCCGAAGCCUGAAGGCGGCGGCCGUCUCUCCUGUGGUGGUAAAGUUUAUUAAGAAGGACAAGGUUUUGGAGGACUGUUGGAUUGAGGACCCCAGACUUGGGAGAGUUACCUUGGAGAUUGCAAUUCUGUCCAAGGUGGAGCAUACCAAUAUCAUCAAGGUGUUGGAUGUAUUUGAAAACCAAGGAUUCUUUCAGCUAGUGAUGGAGAAGCAUGGCUCUGGCCUGGACCUCUUUGCAUUCAUUGACCGCCAUCCCAGCCUCGACGAGCCCCUGGCGAGUUACAUCUUCCGGCAACUGGUGUCGGCGGUGGGAUACCUGCGCUCCAAGAACAUUAUCCAUCGGGACAUCAAGGACGAGAACAUCGUGAUCGCUGAGGACUUUACGAUCAAGCUCAUAGACUUCGGCUCUGCUGCCUACUUGGAGAAGGACAAGCUGUUCUACACCUUCUGUGGGACGACUGAGUACUGUGCUCCUGAAGUCCUCCUGGGAAACCCGUACAGGGGGCCAGAGCUAGAGAUGUGGUCGCUGGGAGUGACGCUGUACACACUCGUCUUUGAGGAGAACCCCUUCUGCGAGGUGGAGGAGACCAUGGCAGCUGCCGUGAACCCCCCGUUCCUGGUGUCGGAAGAUCUCAUGAACCUCAUAUCUGGGCUGCUGCAGCCUGUCCCCGAGCAGCGCACCACCUUGGAGAAGCUGGCGACAGACCCUUGGGUGACGCAGCCCGUUAACCUGGCUGACUACACAUGGGAUGAGGUGUGUCAAGUAAACAAGCCAGGUAAGAGGUGUGGCCUGUGCACCACGUCAGGGCCCAUAGCUGGCAUGUCAUCUGUGAAACAAAUAAGGCUUGCUUCUGUUCCAGAGAUACCUGAACACCACUGGGGUUCAGAGCUUGGCUCUGGGCCUUCUAAAGUGGGUGAGCAGCUGUGGGAACCCCUGACAAGGAGGUACCCACAGAAGGGGGCAGGAGCUGGGGGUGGAGGGCCUGAGAAGGGCAGCUGGCCAUGGUCUGAGCAGGCUGAAGGGGAGGUAAGGCCACAGUGAGUGCAGUGCUCUGUGAGUGGGGAGCUUGGGGGGGCCCCUGGCUUUUCAGGUGAGGCUCCAGCAGCCUGGUUGUCUGGUCACUGCUGCUCAGAGCGGGCCGACCAAGCUGGUGUUGAUGGUUCUGGGCACAGAGUCCCUGAAGCACCUCGGCAGGGUCUGGGAACUCUAGAACAUUGCCGGAUGGUUCCGAGGUGUCUCUCUGAUGUCUUUUGCUCAUAGGAACUCUUCCAGAGGGAGGCAUUUUAGAAAUUUGUGUUGUUAGCAUGUGAUACAUUAUCCUCUUCUUUCUUCAGAAAGCAGAGUUCUGUCCACUGUGAGUCUGGAGAUGGAGAACAGGAGCCUGAGUGAAGUGGCCCAUUCCCCGGGGCAGUGCAAGGCCUCGUGCCCCAGGGAGGCCCAUGAGGGGAGCUGAGCACCAGCUUCCCGCUGCUUUUCUUCACUCUGCUAGGAAUCAUUUUGUUUUCACUCAGAGAAGUAAAGUCUCAAGAAUUGGGCCCAGUUCACUUUCUAAAAACUCAUAUGCAAGUUUGCUAAAUGCUAAAACAAAGGCUCCUGAUACUGUUGUUUAGGUUAUGAAAUAUACUUGGAAUUCAUUUUUCCAUGACCUUGAAAAAGCAUUCUAGUGUCAAGCUGAGUUUUGUACUGUGAGAAGGCUUUUAAUUUGUGAACUGAAAGGCACAUUAGAUGCUUUUAAUUUUCUUUUGUUUAUAUGCAUGUGUUGUUGUUUCUUGACUUUGUAUAUGCCCAUCUGAUAUGUGGAAUUUGUAGCACUGGUUAGCCCGAUGGCCAGACUAUUUCAUUAAUUUAUUUUUUUGAACUCCUUCCAAAUUAAAGCAGUUUUGUUAGUAAAUAUUUACCUGCUUGGACUGUAUGCAUUCUUCCACGAUGCUGGUGUGGGAAGCACUUCAUUUGUUUUCCUGUUUCUGUGCUGCACUUGCCAUAGCUGCAGAGAGGUUCAGUCUUGGUCAGUUUGGAGGUCCCUGCCAUGCGGGUGGGUGGGCCCCAAACUCUGCAGCUCGCUCAGUCUAAAGAGGGUAGGGGGUUGUGGUGUUCCCAGGCACUUCCCUUACCCCUGUGCACACCUGUCCUGGCCCGGCCCACCAUCUGUCAGGCCUGUGCUAUGCAUGAGGUCUGUAGCAGGACUCUGCUGUCCACCCACCACACCCUCCCUGCCAUCCAACAGCCAGCUCAGGCCCCACUUCUGUGUUCAUACGGGGGCAUCCUGUCCAAGGCCCCACCUUGCGGCCUAAUGGGGGUGUCCCCCAGGGUGUACGCCGUGUGGGGGUAUCCAGCCCUGACUGGCUGCUUCCAUCUUGCUCAGGUCCCAGUGCAGCUGUCACUCAGAUGCCCCCCCCCACAACUCCAGCCCCUCCUCUGAGAUGGAAGCAGCUAGAGUUGGUGAAAGCCAGCCUGUAUUCUGCAUCUGCUGGAGGGGAGGAAGUGGUUAGGGAUAAGAGGGAACCUUGCAGUUUUGUCCUCUGCUGAGACAGCAGGGAGAGUAAAAUCCCACACAUUGCUUCCUGCAGGUUCCGAGGCUCCCCUACCUAGAGCCUCAGGGGCCAGGCCGCUUCUGGUAGGGUCCCGUGCUCACUUCCUAACGCUCAUUUAGGAGGCACUCAACUGGCCUCAGAUCUCAGGAGGCUCAGCUAACAGUUAAUUUUAUACUCAUCUAGCAGGACGUGGGCUAUGCCUACCCGCUUC